AUGUUCAUUUCCUCGAUCUCGUUUGCAGCGCUUAGCCUUCUUGGCUCGGCCUCUGCAUUAGCCACUCGCGAUGCUCCCGAUGUGAAUGAAGAGUUUGGAUUGUAUGCCUAUGGCGCCUCCAUAGGUGGACUUUCACUUUUUUACGCCGAAGGCAAGGCUAUGAUUGGUGAUCCUAGCAACUCGACUGCCGCGGAUGCCGCCCCUGUUUCUUUUACUCGCGCUUCAGCAUCCUCCUCUAGUUCCUGGAUCGCUAACCCGAACGUGACCACUGCUAGCGCCAAUUCGAGUUACAGCUGGUCGGAUGAGAUGCUAUACAUCCCUAGCUCUUCUUCUUCCUCUCACGAAAUGGGCUUUACCUCCAAGAAAAUGGCCAAUGAGAGUACUACUGGAUUCAUUUUCUACGGUCAGUGGGUGAUGGUUGAAAAUGACUCUGGUGAUAUCUCUUCUAGCUUUUACAUCCGGUCAUCUUCUGCUGGUGAAGGGGUUUAUUCUCUGGUCUGGAAUGUCACUGAUGAUGAUACGGCUAUUCCAAUUUCUCUGCGCUCUGCUAAGCCCUCUAAUUCUUGA